AUGAUUUUGCAAUUUGGUACGAUGAAGUUUGUUCUACUGAUUUGGUUAGCUGCAAUUAUUAAAUGUAAUGAAGGGGGAGAAUGGACAUAUUGUUAUCCCGACUCAUGUCGAGGUGAAAGACAUACAUUAUGUGAAUAUGGGGAAUGGCGAAGAGGGCCUGAAUGCAACAGAGUAAUUACAAAUUUCGUAACAGAUGAAGAGAAGCGAGAAAUUUUGGAAACUCAUAACAUGUUACGACGCAAAGUAGCUGCAGGACUCGAAACACGCGGAAAUCCAGGCCCGCAACCACGUGGAAUUAUUCCGGACCUUCGUUGGGAUAGAAGAUUGGCUAUAAUAGCUCAAGCGUGGGCUAAUCAGUGUAUAUUUAAGCACGACCCAUGUCGCGAUGUCAAGCGCUUCAGGGUUGGUCAGAAUGUUGGUUACACUGGGAAUAGCUCUAGAUCUUUCGACAAGUUAUCUGUGAUCAUCACAAAUUAUUGGUACGAUGAAGUUGCCAAUUUUACCAAUAAUUUGGUCAAAAAUUACAAAGGGGAGGAGGAGGAAGCUCCAGUUUAUUCUCAUUACACCGCUAUUGUAUGGGGUAGUACUAGAAAAAUUGGUUGCGGACUUACUCGGCAUUUCACUAACCGUUCUAUGUACAGAACACAUUUGGUUUGCAACUACGGACCUAGGGGUAAUUGGAUCGGUGAACCGAUGUUGAAUAUCAAGAAAAUAAUUUACUUGAAUCAAAAUAUUCGUCGUUUUCCUUAA